AUGUUAGAUAAAAUAUUUUCUUUUAAAUUCUCAAAUUCAAUUAGAGAGAGUGUAAAUCGUUUAGUUUUAAACCAUGAAAGACGUCAUAUUGAAUACGAGAAAAUGAGGGAAAUUCACAAGAGAUAUUGGCAACAACAUUUCCACAAUUAUGAAUACUCUCAUCACUAUGGCCAUCGUCGAACUAAUUGUGGUUGUAAUGGAAAUAGAAAUACCAACAAUACCUCCUCUAAUAAUAAUAAUACCAACAACUACAACAAUACCACUUCCAACAAUAGUAACAGUAACACCAAUAACAACAACACAAAUAAUAAUAAUAAUACUGGUGGUUUUAGAUUUAGAGAUUAUUGGUUUUCUCAGCAUAACAAUUUCCAUAAUAAAAGUCACAGUUAUUUUAGAUCACAUUUCUAUAAUCAUUCAAAUCGUAGAUAUUAUAAUAGAGCAAACAAGUGUAAUGAUAAUACUCAACGUAGACAACAACAAUAUGAUUAUCAUCACCAUCAACAUUACUAUCGUCAACAUCAACAAAGAAAUCAAAGUUGUAAAGAUAACAAAAAUCAAAGCAAUCCAAAAUUAUUUUUAUCUUUAAAGAAUACUUUUUAUAAAUUCAUUCAAAAUCCAAUGAUUUCUUAUUAUUUAGUUGAUCUCAAAUGUAAAGAUUUUAAAAAAUAUUGUAAUUCUAAUUUAAGAUUUAAUUCAAAACCAUAUUAUAAUAAUUAUAAUAAUGAAGAUAUUGAAAAUGUAGAAACUUCAACAAAUACAAAUACUACUACUACUACUACUACUACUACUACAGCAACAAAUACAAAUUAUACUACUGCUACUGCUGCUACUACUGCUACUGCUACUACUACAAAUGAUGUUAAUAAAAAGAAUAGAAAUUUUAAUAUGUCAACAACAAUAUUAUUACAAAAUACAUCAAAUAGAGUUGGAGAUCAAUUUAGACAUUUUAGUGGUAGUGCACCACAAAUGUUUAUUUUAUCAAAGGCUGCAAGAAUAUUUGUACCAAUUGCAAUGAGUGGAGUUAGAAAACAUAUGAAAUCAAUGAGUUUAUUUAAGAGAAUUAGUUUGAUAAUAUUAAUAUUGGCAAGUGCAACAGGUGGUUAUUUAGCAUUGAAUCAUGACGAAGCACCAGUCACUGGUAGAUCAAGAGUCGUUAGUUAUAGUAAGAAGGAGGAACAAGAUCUUGGUGAGAUGGGUUAUGAAGAGAUGAAAACUCAAUUAUCCGAUUACUUCCUUCCAGAGAACAAUGCCCUUCAAAAUAGAGUUAGAGAAGUUGCAAAACGUAUCAUCGAUGUCACUGAUAGACCAGAUUUGGCGUGGGAAUGUCAUGUUGUCAAUAGUGAAGUUGUCAAUGCAUGUGUUUUACCAAAUGGUAAGAUCUUUGUUUUUUCAAAACUUUUCGAUAUUUGCGAAAGCGAGGAUGAGUUAGCCUCGGUCAUCUCUCACGAGAUUGGUCACGCCGUUGCUCGUCAUGCUGCUGAGCAUUUGAGUAUCAGUAAAUUGGGAUACAUGUUUUUAACGUUAACUCGUGGUUUGGUUGGUGAAACUAUCACUGGAAAUCUUACAACAAUGUUCUCUGCAAAUUUAUUGAACCUUCGUUAUAGUCGUAUUCAAGAGAUUGAAGCAGACGCAAUUGGUUUGGAAUUUAUGGUAAAAGCAAACUAUAAUCCAUACGCUGCUUUAAGUGUUCAAAAGAAGCUACAACAAUAUACAAUUAAAAAUGAUUCAAUUUUAAUGGGUACUACCUCUUCAACCUCUAUUCAAUCUCAAUCAAUGGUAGUUGAUUUCCUUUCAACUCAUCCAUCACCAGAAGAAAGAAUUCAUAAAAUUGAAAAAUGGUUAGAUAGAAAUGCUUCAAGAUUUAAAGGUUUACCAAUACCAAUGAUUACUUCAUCAAAUAAUAAUAAUAAUAAUAAUAAUAAUAAUAAUAAUAAUAAUAAUAAUAAUAAUAAUAAUAAUAAUAAUAAUAAUAAUAAUAAUAAUGAAAUUAAUACAAAUAGUAAUAUAAAUACUCCAAAAAUUUCCUCAUCUUUUAUUUCAAAUAAGAAAUUACCGGAAAUAUAA